AUGGACCCGAAACUCUUUUUUCCGAACAAUUUCAUCGAUGGCACUAUUACAUCACUCAUUGAUGGCCAACAAAGACCUGUUCCGUCAGUUAUAGUUAUUGGUGCUGGAAUAUCCGGGAUUGCUGCAGCACGCAUUCUCCACGAUGCAUCUUUUAAGGUCACCCUAUUAGAGUCACGAGAUAGGCUCGGUGGCCGCAUUCAUACCGACUACUCGUUCGGUUGUCCAGUUGACAUGGGAGCCUCAUGGCUACAUGGAGUUUGUAAUGAGAAUCCUUUGGCUCCAUUGAUACGUUGCCUUGGGCUUACACUGUAUCGUACCAGUGGUGACGACUCUGUCUUAUACGACCAUGAUUUGGAAAGCUGUAUGCUUUUUGACAUUGAUGGCAAUAAAGUUCAACAACAGACGGUCAUUGAAGUUGGAGAAACUUUCAAGAGAAUUCUGGAAGAGACGGGUAAAGUGAGGGAUGAGAAUCCUGAGGACAUUUCAGUUUCUGAAGCCAUUUCAAUUGUGCUGGAUAGGCAUCCAGAACUAAGGAAACAAGGACUUGCACAUGAAGUGCUACAAUGGUUUAUAUGCAGAAUGGAAGCUUGGUUUGCUGCUGAUGCAGAUAUGAUUUCACUUAAAAGCUGGGAUCAGGAACAUGUUCUCUCUGGUGGUCACGGACUCAUGGUCCAAGGAUAUAAUCCCGUUAUAAAUGCUCUUGCAAAAGACAUUGAUAUACGCCUGAACCACAGGGUGGCCAAGAUAUCCAAUGGCUACAAUAAGGUAAUGGUUACCUUGGAGGAUGGCAGGAACUUUGUUGCUGAUGCUGCUAUCAUCACUGUUCCAAUUGGAGUCCUUAAAGCCAACUUAAUUGAGUUUGAACCAAGACUUCCUGAUUGGAAAGUUUCUGCAAUUUCAGAUCUUGGUGUAGGCAAUGAAAAUAAAAUUGCACUAAGAUUUGACAAAGUGUUUUGGCCUGACGUAGAACUUCUUGGUGUUGUUGCUCCUACCUCAUAUGCCUGUGGCUAUUUUCUCAAUCUCCAUAAAGCAACAGGCCAUCCAGUUCUUGUUUACAUGGCAGCUGGCAGGUUUGCUUAUGACCUUGAGAAACUAUCUGACGAGUCAGCUGCGAAUUUUGUAAUGCUACAGCUUAAGAAGAUGUUUCCUGAUGCUUGUGAGCCAGUUCAGUAUCUUGUGUCACAUUGGGGAACAGAUCCAAACUCUCUUGGUUGUUACUCUUAUGAUUUGGUUGGAAUAUCAAUGGACGUGUACGACAAGCUUCGUGCACCUUUAGGUAAUCUAUUCUUUGGCGGGGAAGCUGUAAGCUUAGACAACCAAGGAUCUGUGCAUGGAGCUUAUUCUGCUGGAGUUAUGGCUGCUGAAAACUGUCAGAAAUACCUUUGGGAGAAACAAGGCAACUUAGAAAGCCUGUCUCAAGUUUCGGUUAGACCUGAAACAUUAGGAACAAAUUUUCCUCUUCAGAUAUCGAGGAUAUGA